AUGCUGCUUGAUGACGGGCAGUCGGGCGUGGGGAGCGAUGCGCGGACCUUUUUCAGGUCGCAGCCGCGGGCCAACUACGCCGGCGACGACGUGCCCACCGAUUUCUGCGCGUGGGACAGUGCCAAGCGGGAAUGCGACAUUGUGAACUACGCCGAGUCGAUUUCGCUGCUGGCGCUGCCGGCCGCGUGCGUGGGCAUCUUCCUCAUUAUCGCGUUCACGAUCGCGUUCAUCGUCAUCCACACCCUCCGCUGCGCCACCUCCUGUCGGCUCUGCUGGGCCGAGCGCCGGUGCGAAACCAUCGUGCUCAACACCUGCCUGGGCGUAUCCUGCUUCUUCAUGUUUUGCCUGAUGGUCCUGCCGCUUCUCGGGAACACGUGGUCGCAUGAAGGGCUCUUGCUCUACAUGGACAAUCAAGUCGCCUUUAUGCGCGACAUCGCCAAGGUGACCAACGACUCGGCGGUGGUCCUGCAGAGCAUCGGCGUCGCGAUGGCCGACACGGCAGAGCAAGUCUCCCGGGCUGCGUCCACGGUCAACGGCUACAAGAAUACCGUCUACGAUUACGAAACGGGGACGGUGGUCGCCUUCUAUUGCCUCUUUGGCAUCCUGGCGAGCUUUUGCCUCGUCCUUCCCGUGCUCAUGCUGUGCAAGAUCAACUGCCCCACCUCCGUCCUGGUCUUCUGGGUGGGGAUGGUCAUGCUGCUGUUGGCCUACAUGGUCAUGCUCAUUGCCAUCUCGGCCGGUGCCGUGGGCGCCGACGUGUGCCAACUCUACGCCGAGACCAAGAACGGCAACGUCGCACCCGCCUUUGAGAGGCUGCUCGACCGUCUGGGACAGAACUGCACCACCUUCACCGACGCCUACCCCCAGCUUGAAACCGCGGUCACAGAGACCUACUUCUGCGGCGACGCCCUGUGCCCGACCGGCACCUGCACUGGGUCGUGUGCUGGCAACGCCACGUGCCAGUGCUUCCGGAAUGUCACCUCGAUCAAGGAGUGCGGCAGCACUUGCCUCAGUCCCGCCCUCAGGACCGAAAUGAUCGAAAACGCGAUCCUCUACAACACCACCUUGAAAAGAAUGACCCCCUACCUGGGGUGCACUCUCUGGACCACCUACUCGCAACGCACUGAAAGCCACCUGUGCAACGGCUUCAUGUACGUGGCCCUCUUCUUCCUCAUUCACCUGUCAAUGGCUGGAAUGUUCCUCAUCUUCAUUGGACUCACUGCGUGGGGCAUCCCGUGGACGGUUAUGAUGGGCGCGUUGAUCCUCAUCGGCGACCAGACGCGCAUUCGCUUCGACGAUGUGCGGGACGUCGAGAUGAUGGAACGGAACGAGAAGAGAAUGUCAACCCACGACAGGGCCGCCACGAUCAAAGCCAACACCACCUUGGCCUGGUAG